AUGGGGGAACACAGAAUUACGAAACUGAAUAAAACUUGGAACACUUUUGAUUUAUUCAUGAAUCAGUACAUCGUUAAGUAUAAAAACAGUAAGGUCUGUUACCUGUGCAAGAACAAGAUAACAGCUAAUCACAUCGAAAAAAUGGAAGAUGCUUGUCCACAGAUGUGGAGGCAUUUCCACGGCAUGACCAUUCAGCCCCGGUGUCCCUUGCAGAGCUUUGGCCGUGUGAUGAAAGUAAAAGAUUUACGAUUUGAAGAACUUGAGACCUAUAGAGAUAGCCUUGAACGGAAAUAA